UUUUACAAUGAAAUACAAGAAAAAAAUUAAAACUUAAUGGAAAUAAAAAGCCAUCUGUGAGAGAGUACACAUCAGAUUGUCAUUCCUCAAAGUUUAAGUAUUGUCUACAUGUAGAGAUUAUUCCUGCUAACAUGGGGAGUCUAUAGGGACUAGACAGAUGCAGGACUAUUAUAAUAACUUUUUUUAUAUAUGAGGGAGCCACAGCUUUCAGGUAUAAUACAGUAAUUGCUGGGUCCUCAGCUUCUCAGAGGACCCUAGUCAGCCUGUGCUAUUUUCGAUGCCAUCAAAAUUAUUGAUAUUGCAUGGUAAGGCGGAGUCUUGUUACUUUACUGUAAGUUGUGUUCCUGAAAGUAUGUCCCUUUAUCUUUAGUAGCUUCACAGUGAUUUUCUUUGCUUUGACAUGCUCCGAAUAAAGCAGGUGUGGCUGACUAGGGCCCUUUAAGGGGAGCUUUAGAUGGCUCUAAUGCUUGGGAACAAGUGUUAAAAAAAAAUUUAAAAGGUCACCUACUGAGGUUACCUCUACUGCCCCCCUGUUCCGUAACCAGUACCCAUUGAUACAUCUAAGCGAGGAGAGGCACUAUGAGAGUAGGAACACAAUGCAAUGAUCCCAAAUACGGUCCAUUGCACCAACCAUUAGGCCAUCGUGCCUUCUCCUCCAUAGGGUGAGAGUGGAGUUUAGCCUAACAUGACAGUUAUAAGUCUAAUAACCUUCUACAGGGACAAUUUGAGUGUGUUGGAACCUUUUUAACAUUGCGUAACCUAUAGCAACUUAAGGCGACUUUAGGCGACUUAAGGCGACUUUAGGUCCCAGAGUAGGCCUCAGCGACUUAAUUGAACGAGGGUAUUGGCGGUUAGUCUAUUUAUUCUUAUUCCGGAAUAAGGCCAAUCCACCGUAACCAAAGUGGUAUAAACUUGUCGAUACUGUUUCAGUUUGUGAAGAAAAGAUUAGAAUACUGGGGAGAAACGAUAUCCCCAGAAAGUAGAAGUUAGAGAGAUUCAAUGUUUCGACGAAACAGCUAGAAACGUAACGGGAUAUGUAUAGAAUACUUUGGCCGUUUCUCCUCAACGAAGAUAGAUGGAAAUUAGCAAUCCAGUUCGCUAACCAACACUUUCUUUCUUUCGCUUUCGUUACUAGGCUCAGAGUCCAUCUAUGGUUACUAUGGUAACAUAACUAGGCUACAGCUUGUCUCAUUUACGCAGAUGAAGAUAUUGUAGAACGUCGAGUUGGUGUAAUGAAUGUAAGAAAGUCGAUGUCAAAAUUUUACGUCUGUCAAAUCUAUACGGGAGAAUUUUUGGACAGAUAAAUCAGUGGAACGUUUCUUAAUUGGACAACAAUAACAACGCGUAAAAUUGCAAAAUUACAAAAACAUUGUUUCUCUUCUAGGUAAAAAAAGAAGGGACCAACCAUGAAUAACCUGUUCAACAACCAAACACUCAAUACAUCUGCAGUGAAUGCAAGAGACACGCAAACUGCAGCACCGGGUUUUCCAGUCUAUCUCCACCAGCCGUUAGGAGCUAUAGUGUUCCAAAUCAGUUUGUGGUCAACCAUUGUACUCCUGGGUGUGAUUGGUAAUGUUUUAGUAUGCAUCGCGAUCCUUACACGCCCCAAGAUGAAGAGCUCCAUGAAUUAUUACUUGCUGAGCUUGGCCAUAGCGGAUUUGGGGGUACUACUUAUCAUCUAUCCUAUGGUAGUGUUAAAAUACCUCUUCCCAUUUCGCUGGUUGUUAGGAAAACAUGCGUGCUAUUACCUGUAUCCUACCGUGGAGAUAUUCUUCGGAGCCUCCAUCUGGUCGAUUACGGCCAUUGCCACCGAGAGAUAUCGGAAUAUUGUCGGCGCCCAGCGAUACCAGAUCAAGCACAGAUCUCGAUUGACGACUUUUGUGGUUAUUGGCAUAGUGUGGUUGGCGUCGUUUUUAGUUUCAUCUGUUCCAUUGUACCCUUUCAUGGCUUACCAUUCCACUCUGGAAGUCUGCUACCUGGAAUGGCCUGAUAUGUCUGGGACAAAUGCGGUAUUCCUGUCUUACUCGGCAGUUCAUAUCGUCGUCUGGUAUGCACUUCCUCUGGUUGUCAUAACAUUCACAUACAUGAUGAUCAAGAAACGAGUACUUCAAAGUGUUGCCUUCCGAACCUCGAUGUCAGAGUAUGAUGAUAGAGAUCAAGCAGUCUUGUCGCAAGCUCCAUCAAACAAAGAAAGAGGCGACAAAAGAAUCUGGCAACAAAGCAAGAAGACAACGAGAAUUCUUACACCUCUAGUGAUUUUGUUUGCGGUGACAAUGUUUCCCUUGAACGCUCUACGCGUCUCGUUGCUUAUUAUACCGACGUUUUGGACGAAGUCUUACUACAACCUGAUCAUGGGCCAAGUUGCAGUUUUCGUUUUAAUCAACUCGUCAGCUAAUCCACUGGUGUACUAUAUCACGAGCCAGGAGUUCAAAGUUGCAUUCAAGAAAAUAUUUAAGAGUCUGAAGAACAAGAGCUUUUUCAGAGAAAGGUGCAGAAAAAGCAGGGCAUUGUUGGGAAACUCGAAUGUGACUCAAGAAGAGGAACAAAAUUUCCAACUAACAAGUAACAACAAAUCGCAGGUUGCGCUUAUCAAUGUCCAAGUUGUCACUGGUUUGUGACAACUGAUGCUGUUGGAUGGGGUAGUUUGUUUCACGAACAAAAAGCUUUUUUUUCGAUGUCUGUCUAGUUUUCCCACAAGAAGAUUCAGAACUGGUCGAGCCCUUAAUGCAUUGGCUCCUGAGAGUGGGUCCUGAAUUAUGUAAACGUGAUAUAUCGUUGGACAUUUCUGUCUGAAUCUGGUGCUGAGCGUGAGUCCUUAGAAGUAUGCUUGACAGGGAAACCUGAAGAAACGCAAAAUAAAAGUUCGGCAAAUUUGUAAACGUUGCGGUCGUGGAAGGCUAUUUAAAAAUUUCAACUUGCAAACUCACAAGCAUUUCAUCAAGAUAAAAGAAGAGAAAUCAUAAAAGGGACGAUGUUCGGAAAUAUAUUAAUAUUACCAUUAAAUCUUUCCGUGUUCUCCUUAUCGCUAUAGCUUCGAUUGACAACAUAUCCAAGACACUGGAGACAGUGUUUCAUCACGGCAGUUCCAACCACCUCAAAGUUCGUCAGAAAUAAUUUACUACGUGUCGUAUGUAAACUCCCUUCUAAAAUCGUCUCUCGUGUUUGAUAUAUGACAAGAAGCGCCUUGUCAUACUCAUCAGUGACGAAAGAUCUAUGGCUUUCGAAAAUACUGUCAAAAAGUUAUUCGUAAGAUCUUUUUAUUAGUAACUGCUGUCAGCCGGUCUUUUUCUGAGAGUCAGAUGAGUACGGACGAAAAGCGGCUGCCACUCUCAGGUCUCGUGCCAAUCCCUUCACGGUCUCGCCUCAUAAUCCCGGCCACAUUUCGAGAGCAAAACAGACUGCCAGGAAUCUAUUGGAGUAGAAACGUCUUUAAGUACCUUAAGUACCUGAUAUUCAGUAACUUUAUUAUACCCCUUAGCAACUACGUGCUGUAAUUGGCCAAAAUUUGAAGCUGUUUCCGAGUCCGUAGAGAUCGAAAAAAUAUCUUAUUAACCUGGUCUUCUCUGUCCGUACUGUAAGGAUCUUCGUUUUAGCCCCUUUGAUUCAUAAAUCGAAAGAAAACAAACUUGAACAAAGUGUAAAAGCAAAUAAUACGUGGAAGGUUAUCAGAAUACCUACACACUCUUAUUACUGGACACACUCUUAAUACUAUAUUUACUACUAUAAAAUGAAAGACUUUCAUUGCCCCUAAACGUCGAAAUUUAGCUCAGUUUAGGUACUUUCUGUGUAAUACACGGAGUAUCUUAGUUGGUAUGCUUUGAACAAGGUAUCCAUGGAAUACAAGAAAACAAUAUCGUUAGACAAGAACUGAGCUUGACGAUUUUAGCAGACUUUCCUAGGCCGGAAUGACGUAAAAUUUACCCCAGUUACUGAAUUUGUUCAUAGCUUUCCACGCCACCCCGGUAAACUAUUUAAUUGAAUUUAGUAUUGCCAUGACAGCAAUAAACCAAAAAAAGUCGAAGUGAGAAGCAGUUAGCUCUGUGCGAAUCUUAGUUGAUCUUAAAAAGUUGCAUGCUCAGUCGGAGAUACAAGGACCAGAUCAGACCGGCCUAAAUACAAAAUGGCGACUGCAGAGAGAGCAAUGAAACUGGUGCGUUCUACAAUGGCCGUUUUCACCUUAGAUGAAUGACGACGCGUUUGAACGAAAACGUCGUCUCAGACGCAGAAGUCGUCUAAGUGGACGUCUAUCAAGGAUUCUUCGUCUGUACGGCCAAGUUAUCCAAAACCCAAAACACCGUACGAACAAAUGGUCUCGAUCUUAAAGGAAAAAGGUGUUGUUUUAUAAAUAAUUAGAAUGCCUGCAUUUGCAAGGACGUCCAAGAAGUGCAAUUUAAAUUUAAAAACGCAGCUUUAUUUACUACAGUCCACACUAAUCCGUCACGAAAUCGCAGCUAAUCGAGAACACUCUUCACACCGGGCGGAGUGAAAACGCUGGUUUUGCGUUUCUUUUUGUGGACGGAAAACAUUUUGAAAACGGAACUUUUCGAAAACGAUGACAUUACGAUAAUCAUGU